AUGGCUUCCAACCUCUUUUCGAGGAUACUUCCCUCUGCAUCUGACGAACACUACGAAACAGAACCGCUAAACCCACACCGUCACUAUCGUUCGUCCUCGGCGGGCACGCGCAGCACUAUGGACAUCGACAACGAGAACCUCGAUGCGCGCUUUGAGGAUCUAGAAUUAGAGCAUCUGCUGGACGAAGCUGCACAAGAGCGAAUGACCGAGAGCGCCGCGUCUGUCGCGCAACACGACGAGCGAGCCCCGCCGGGUAUCAACACCGUCAACAGAGCUGCAGCAUGGCGGCAACCGCCCUCGUCUCGCCCUCUGGCGCCCGAUGACGACGAUGAUGUUCCGCAGUCACUUCUGCUAGAAGGCGGCGUGGUUUCACCAGUCGCGACCAGGAACGAGGCUACAGAGGGCCUCCCUCCACCCGUACCGGGUCCGUCGACGCGUCAUACUCGAGCACAGUGGGAGACGACGCGCCGACAACAGCGUCUACACGAUGACGGGCGUGCUGGUGUUGCUCCACGUACAUGGAGAACCUCGACGAGGCCCGGGCAAUAUACAUCGGAUCCGAAAGAGCGAGCGAUGUGGCUUUGGGUCAAUCAGACCGACGACUUGGAUAAUUUCCUGGCCGAGGUGUACGAUUACUACACUGGAAGCGGCAUGUACUCAAUCCUCUUGCGCAAGUUCUUGAUGCUCUUGCAAACCGCCUUCGUCAUUGGCUUCUUAACCUUCCUCGGGUGGUGUAUCGAUUACAGUAAGCUACCUGGCAGUCAUAAGCUGAGUGAGGUCGUGCAGCCAAAGUGUAUGCACAACAUACAUGGAGUGUGGUGGCUAGCGCUUUGCUCAUUCAUUGUGUACUGGCUGUGGUCGAUAGUGAAGCUCGUCGGCAAGUUCCCGAGGUUACAGGCGAUGCAUGACUUCUACCACCAUUUGUUGGAGAUUCCCGAUCGAGAUAUCCAAACUGUUCAGUGGCAACACGUUGUUGGCCGGAUCAUGGCGUUACGCGAUGCGAACCUUACGACUGCGUCAAAUCUUACGCCUGAGGUCCGGAAGCUGCUGGACUCACGGAGCAGACAACGACUCGAUGCAGUGGAUAUUGCUAGCCGUCUGAUGCGGCGCGACAAUUAUCUCAUUGCACUAUUCAAUAAGGAGAUCUUAGACGUGAGCAUACCUAUCCCAUUCCUGGGUAACAGGUUCGUCUUCUCGGAGACAACAAGGUUUCAUGUCAACCUCGCUAUCAUGGAUUUCGUGUUCAGUGGUCCUAAUGGCUCGUUCAACCAAGACUUUUUGAGAGAAAGAAAUCGACGCAAUCUCGUCGCGACUCUGAGAACCCGACUGAUGUAUACCGGUUUCCUCAGUGUGCUUUGCGCUCCCUUCGUCAUGGGCUAUUUCCUCGCCUCGUACUUGUUCGCGCGAUUCACUGAAUACCAUAAAAAUCCAUCCUUGCUUGGGGAUCGCGACUUUACGCCGUUCGCCCAGUGGAAAUUUCGGGAAUUCAACGAGCUACCACAUCUGUUCAACCGCCGCAGGAAUAUGGCAUACCCUGCCGCCAAUUUGUACUUACAACAAUUCCCGAAAGCCAAGACAGAGAUGAUUUCUUCCUUCGUCGCUUUUGUGACGGGCGCUUUCUGUACCGUUCUCAUCCUCAUUACACUCAUCGACUCGGAACUAUUCCUAAAUUUUGAAAUCACCCCCGGAAGGACCGCUCUAUUUUAUAUGACUAUCCUCACUGGCAUUUACUUGGGGGCACGUGGGAGCAGUCCUCAAGAAGACCAAGUUGCAGAUCCAGCGUACUACAUUGAUGCUGUAAUCUAUCACACACGAUAUGAGCCAGCUUCGUGGCAUGAUAGACUACAUACCGACGAAGUGCGGGCCGAAUUCUCGCAGAUGUAUCAGCCGAAGAUACUUCUCUACGUGGAAGAGAUGCUCAGCAUAUUGAUCACGCCAUUCAUACUCAUGUUUCGGCUUCCAAACUGCAGCGAGCGUAUCGUCGACUUCUUCCGCGAAUUUUCCAUCGUCGUGGAUGGUUUGGGAGUCGUCUGCUCGUACUCGAUGUUCCCUUUCAAGAAGGGCGAGAACAACCUCCCCGCGAACAGGACUGGUCGCCAACAGGACAAUGAGCUCCGUGAAGACUAUUUUAUGGCUAAAGACAACAAGAUGUUGGCUUCAUACCAUGGGUUCAUGGAGACAUAUGCAACUACAACAGGGCGUGGUCAUACGGGUCGUUUUCAUCCUCCGCCACAAUUUCCGACUCAUUAUCACUCCUCGUCCCAGGCUACAUCACCGGUAGGUGCUCGUGGGUCUAGCAGGGGCCCGCAGGGUCGCCAACCUUACAACCGCCGCUCAGGACGACAAGGACCUGCACCCGAACGAGGUGAGCCCAUGAAUUCGGUGCUUCUAGACCCAAUUCACCAGCCGGCAGCUUCUGCGAUCGGAAGGUCACCGCGACAAGGACCGCAUGGUCGCCAUAGAUCGUCUUUUCAGCCACUUUCCGUGCCCGAAGAAAGUAUGGUAUCCGAGUCGUGGCAACCUCAGCAGGAUGAUGAGACCGAGGACGAGACGCCAGGUCAACCUCGCGGAGGUGUACUCCAGCUGCUACAUCAGUUUUCCCGAGCACAGGCUGAGGGUCGUGCCGGAGGGGUUGGCGUUUGA